UUGAAGGGUCUUGAUAUUAAGCAAUUUGGUUAGUGGAUCCUCCACGCGCCACCUUCAUCAACCGAGCGGUAAAGGGAAAGAAAAAGAGAAGCAACUUUGCAAUGGCUUCCACGCUCCAAAAUGGUGCCGAUACCCGGAUUUUUAUCACUGAAACUUCGUCUUCCUGAAAUCUUCCUCUUCUGUUUCUCGUUUCCCUGUGUUUUUUUCGUUUGGUAGAAGGUGAUUUUUCUGGCCGUGACUGUGAAUUAUGUUUUCCGUUGAGUUCCUUCCAUUUUCUAGUGUCCUCCUUUCGCUUUAUUCCGGCAGUUCCUUUGGCCAUACAUGAAAAUUUUCAGAGGUGAAAAGGGAAUGCAAUAUAUUUGUUGGGCGAUCGAUUCCAUGGAUAAUUGAUGACAUAGUUAUCUUGAAGUAAUCAAGCAACAUGUGGCUUCUCCAUUCUAGAUCAAGCUGCUGGAUAUAUGUGGUGGAUUGGUUAUUUUCUUUGGGACUCUUGAUGAACAUUGAUUAGCAUCCUUCUGAGGAAAAAAUCUGAAUGACUGCCGAUAGACUCGGCAAAAAAAGAUUCAUCUUUGGCAAAAUUCCUUUGGCAUAAGAAUUGGGCUCUCAGAUUAGUUUCAUACUUCCGUUAGAUUUUCUGCAUUUAUAAUUAUUCUGAAGUUUUUCCGGUUUGGGCAAAUCUCCUUUGGCAAAUAGGUUCUUGUGGUUGAUGCAGUCAACUUUAAAAUUAAAGAAAAUCUCCUUAGUCAUCAUCCGUCUUUGUUCCAGAACAACGCAGAGAAGUCUUUAUUUGGCAGUUUUGCUGCUUCUUGAUUCUUCAACAGUUCCGGAAACUAUUAUUCAGAAGUUUCCUUUGGUUGAAACUUCAGUCCAUCUUUAGUGAGUGGGCAAAUCUCCUUUGGCAUUUGGGUCCUUGUUGACUCAGUUUAUCCCUUUGCAAAUCUUCUUUGCAAUCUGCUCUGUUUCUGUCAGUGAAGGUAUCCUAUUGUGGAUAUUGAUUCAUUCAGAUUUAUCUUCAAUCUUCGGUUAGUUGUGCUACAAAAAUCAAUUUACUUUUGGAUCCUACCCAGGAGUUGGAAGAUUUAACGAAAGAAGUGGAAUUGGUGCUCAUUGUGAAGUUAUAAAUUACACAAGGAAGUGCUGUUGCUAAAAGUUUAGGCAAAAAAACGUGAGAAGAUUCAAACUCUGGUUUUAAUAACUGAGGCUUGAAUUUUUACUUGGAGGUCACUUUGAGAUAUUCUAUUGAUGGACCUGUUUCUAAGUGACUCGGAUUGGGAGAAUUCCAGUGAGUGUGAUAGCAGCGAUGACCUAGAGGAAGCUGAAUAUUAUCAUGGCCAAACUAGUUGCAUCUUAUCAAGCUUAGAGGAAACAAUUGGAAAAAUUGACGAGUUCCUUUCCUUUGAGAGGGAAUUCCUGCUUGGAGAUGCAGUCUGUUUUGUGAAUGAUCCUUAUGGACAGAUGGGAAAGGUUGUUGGUAUUGAAAUGCUUGUUGAUUUGGAGAAAAACAGUGGACCUUUAAUAAAAAAUGUUAAUUCUAAAGAUCUUUUAAAAAUCCGUUCCAUUUCUGCUGGAGAUGUUGUUGUUAAUGGGCCAUGGAUUGGAAGAGUAGACAAAGUUAUUGAUUCUGUCAGUGUUCUUUUUGAUGAUGGGAACAAGUGUGAAAUCAUUGCUGUGGACCAAGAGAAGCUCUUACCUAUAUCUGUUGAUGCACUCGAUGAUUCACAGUACCCUUAUUACCCUGGACAAAGAGUACGGUUCUCAAAUGUUUCCAAACCACCUGGAUGGUUAUCUGGUUGGAAAGAUGACCGUUGUGAAGGAACAGUCUGUUCUGUGGAGGCAGGACUAGUGUAUGUCGAUUGGCUUGCCUCAAUUUUGAUGGGUUGUUCUUCUAGUUUAACGGCUCCCCCACGUAUGCAACAUGCUAAGGAAUUGACUUUGUUGUCGUGCUUUUCUCAUGCAAAUUGGAAUCUUGGCGAUUGGUGUAUUUUUCCUGGGGAUGAGAAAAACAAUUAUUUUGGUGAAAAGUUCAAUAGUACUCACGACCUGAUGAAUGGUGGAUAUCGCGGAACAGGCUUUCCGGAAAUCUGUAUCAUCGUGAAGAAAAAAACUAAAGUUGAUGUGCUAUGGCAGGAUGGUAGCCGCUCCACAGCAUUAGAUUCCCCUUGUUUAACUCCAGCAAAUGCUACGAAUGCUCAUGAAUUUUGGCCUCAACAGUUCGUUAUGGAGAAAGGCAAUUGUGAUGAUUCAAGCAUGUCUGUAAAUCAAAGAUGGGGUGUUGUACAGGCUGUUGAUGCAAAGGAAAGAACUGUUAAGGUUCAAUUGAGAACCAAUGAUUUGAGUGAGGGUAGCCAUCUGGAUGGAUUGUUGGUGGAGGAAACAAUGAGUGCAUACGAACUGGUUGAGCACCCAGAUUAUUCCUUCUCUCUUGGAGAUAUUGUGUUUAGGUUGGCAAUGGAUAAGUUUGCCAGCCAAUCUGAUGAAAAUAAUAUAAUUUCUGAAAUCUCCAUGAAUGAGUCUGCUCAGAACGAGGGGAAUCACAUCAUCAAUAAUAACAACAUGAAUAUGGACAACUUCCUAUCCUUCAUUGGUAAUGUUACUGGCUUUAAAGAUGGCGCUGUGGAGGUCAAAUGGGCUAAUUGUUCUACAAGCAUGGUUUCACCUCAAGAGAUUUUCCCCAUUGAUAAGUAUGAAGUUUCUUCAAUCGCUGUUCCUAAUGGUGAAAACCUUGAGGAGUCGAGACUAGAGCAGAUUGAGCCUUUGAAACCAUAUAAUAUCCAAAAAGGAAAGGAUAUGCCCAAUUGUGAUGGUGCUAGUAAAAAUUUCAAAAGGGAUACUACUUGCUUCUUUUCUCGAGCUGCGGUUGAAUUUUUCUCUAAUAUUUUUACAACACUGUUUGGAUCAGUUCGGUCGACAAUUUUAUCAGGCACUUUUACAGCCCUUCAAUCAUUUGAAGGUGGGGAUGAAAUUGAUUUACUCUGCGAGAAAGAAGUGCUGCAAACUUGCAGCCAGUCUACUGAGAUGUCGCAAAUAGCUAAAUUACACAAUUUUGGUGAGACAAGUUUAGACAUUGAAGAAAUUCAUAAGAAUGAAGAUUUAACAUUUUCAACCUCAAGUAAGAACUACGACCUACUUACACAGUUUGACAUGGCCAGUGACUGCCCAGACCAUCAUUUUCUUUCAUCAGGAAAAGGAUCUAUGCUAUCUCAGGCAAGUAGAAAAUGGCUAAAGAAGGUCCAACAAGAAUGGAGCAUUCUUAAAAAUAAUCUUCCUGAAACUGUCUAUGUUCGUGUCUUUGAGGAGAGAAUGGAUCUUAUUCGAGCUGUCAUUAUUGGAGCACCUGGAACACCAUACCACGAUGGCCUUUUCUUCUUUGACAUUUAUCUUCCUCCAGAGUACCCUCAAAUACCACCUCUCGUGCAUUACAUAUCUGGUGGGCUUCGUGUCAACCCUAACUUGUAUGAAUCUGGCAAGGUCUGUUUAAGUCUAUUAAACACUUGGACAGGCAGCGGCUCUGAAGUGUGGAAUCCUGGGAGUUCUACUAUACUUCAAGUUCUUCUUUCCCUUCAGGCUCUCGUGCUUAAUGAGAAGCCCUAUUAUAACGAGGCAGGAUAUGAUGCUCAAUUAGGAAGAGCCGAGGGAGAGAGGAACUCUGCGAGCUACAACGAGAACGCAUUUCUUGUUACCUGCAAAUCUAUGAUGUACUUGCUAAGCAAAUCCCCUAAGCAUUUUGAGACACUUGUGGAGGAACACUUCAGGAGACGUUAUCAGCACAUUCUAGCAGCCUGUAGAGCAUACAUGGAAGGAACUCCUGUAGGAAGUGACUAUCAGCGUGGAACAACAAAACCCGAAAAUCCAAACCAAAGUUCUACUGGAUUCAAAAUUAUGCUUGCGAAGAUCUUUCCAAGACUCAUCAAGACGUUUUCAAGUAAGGGAUUUGACUGCAGCCAAUUUAUGGAGGCAGAAAAUGGUUUCAUUCUGUAAACUCUCUCACAAAUAAAUAUCUUAAAAAACAUCAUACAAACCCAGCCAAUGUUUAUAAAUAAAGUCGGUGUGUGCCAUGUGAAAUACUGAUGUCUCUAAUUUAUUGUCACCUAGCACUCGUGUGAAAGCUUGUGGUGUUUUAUGUACAUAAAGUGUAGCUUGCUUAUGAUCUGUGAAAUAAGAAACGGUACUUCGAUUGGUGUGAA